GGCCCCCCACCGAAAGAGCUGAUCGAGUUCUACCAUGACAUUCAGAUGCGAGAUGGCUACGAAAGCUCCCUCAAGAUCAUCAAGCCAUCGAGCGGUCCUGCUGGAUCUCUCAUUGUAUUGCUAUUUGGUGGCGGCUUCGUUGCGGGCGACAAAGACCAAUUGACAGAAAUCGCGAGGAUGUUGGGACUAUUAUAUGGCGCGACCGUGGUCUGCAUCAGCUACAGGCUAGGUCCUGAGCACAAAUUUCCCUUUGCCCAGUAUGAUGCCUGGGACUCACUCAAAUGGAUCGCUGAGAAUGCAACCGGAUGUCAUUUGAAUGCGGACCCGUUGAAAGGUUUCGUGGUCGGUGGUGUAUCUGCAGGAGCUUCCAUUGCAGCAGCUCUUUCUCGAAAACUCCAGGACCAGCCGCUUACAUAUCCUCUUACUGGUCAAUGGCUAGCUGUACCUUCUUUGAUGCAUCCAGAGUGCUGUCCACAGGUGUUCCGCUCAAAUUAUAUUUCUCUGGACCAGAGCCCGUCUUCCCCAGGACUCUCAGAGCAAGCGCGUCAAAUGAUGCACGAUGCCGUGCAAUGGGACAGGAGCUCGGACUUGCGAUAUGCUGCGAAUUCUGGGACAAGCUUGUCGGGACAGCCGAGGACGUAUUUUCAAGUAUGUGGCAUGGAUCCGCUUCGCGACGAUGGACUCAUCUACGAGGAGAUGCUCAGAGAAGCAAAAGUCUCGACGAGGACUGACUUCUAUCCCGGCUGCCCGCAUGCCCACUGGGUCGCGAUGCGAGGCUACGAGAUUGGAAGGAAAGCGCGGAUAGACACGUUGGUGGGAACUGGUUGGCUGUUGGGCGUGGAAGCGUCACGUAGCGAUGCUGCUUCCGCGCUCGGCGUCUUGGUCGCCUAA